AUGGGCAACUAUCGCCGUUCCUCCAUCCAGGACCCCAAGGAUCCAAGUCGAUCAUCUGGAUGGUUUAGCCAUGAGCACAAGGAUCAUCCUGAUGGCUGGUUGCAAGAGCACCGGUACCGCUGGGCUGUGGCCACCUUAAGGGAAUUGCAGCGUAGCUUUACAUCUGAGCUCUGUGAUGCCGUGGCUGAGCUGAUGCGGCUGGUGGUCUGGCGAGAUGAGAUGGGCCGGAAGGUCCUGUGCAACUUCUGCACAAAGCUGCAUCAGGUGGCGUGA